AUGGCUGCGUGGACUGGUCCUGUUCCAAUGGGUUUGGAGGAGAUCAUCGCACAAAUUCGUUCAGCACAAGAGGAAAAGAUGACAUACAUUGACCCAAAUUCUUUUCAGAAGUAUUCCAACGAAGUUGCAACACUCAAACAUGAAGUAGACACGUUUGCUGUUCGAUUCAAAAACCAGAUCGAGGAAGACGAACGCAUUGUGUUUAAAGCUUCUUCUGAUCGUAAUGUUGCAAAUGACGCUGCCUUUGAGUCCUUGGACGUCUUGGUUGGCGAGCUAGUCAUUAUCCAGGAUGGCGAUGAGGCCGUUGGCAAGGAUGCUCUGCCCCAUCUACCCACCGUGGUUGACCUCUUUCGUCGCCUGUCAAAGACUUGUGAAGGAGCAGUGGAUAGAAUGGGGCAGGAGUUUGUCGACACCACGCAAUACGGCGGAGAGAAUCGGCAGCUACAGGACAGACUUCAGGAUCUACUGAAUCAGAUCAAUGGAGACCUGAGUGGCGAGAAAGAAUCACUGCAACGAGCUACUACGUGGCGCAUGACCUGCGGAGAAAAUUUCACUACCGCCGAGAACCAGUUGAACGACGCGAGGGCCAAGAAAGACGGAUGGUAUGAAGUUAGUGCCUUCUUUGGGGGUGGUGGUGCAAUUGACGAGCAAGUAAAGACCAAUGAACGGAACGCAGAGGGCUGCCAAAGCACAUACUGGGAAGCGAGAAAGAGUGAAAAGUAUGCAGAGGGCAUGGUGCGGCACCUUCAAUCUCUGAAACCAACCGUUGAAGAGCAACACGCACGUUUGGUCAACCUGUUCUGGUCCAUGAAUGCCGAAUAUGAGAAGAUUUUGAACGGCAGAAAGAUAGACGAACGAACUUGGGUCGCUACUCGCACCCUGGAAUAUCACGUUUGCACAAAUGAUGUGGACACUUCUCGUGAUGAUAUCUUGCGACACGUCAUACAGCUUAUUCACACUACGGUAGAUCAGGUUGAUGAUGAUGAGGACGUGCAGCGAUUCAAGAAAAGCAUCGAGAAUCGUCUGCUUGCUGCUUUGGGAAGUGAGAAGGUGGACGAGUUGACAAGGGAGAAGAAACACCUUCCGAUUGAAGGCGUAGACUUUUAG